AUGCCCUCUGCCAUCGAAAGUCAUCUUGACCGGCUUGUUACACAGCGCCUUCUCGAACUGUCUCAUAACGUGUUGAUGCCGACUUUGAAGAAUGCUAUUGAUGCCAUGAUUCCUUCCAUGGUUGAAUGGCUAUCAGCCGAUAUGAGAAACGUCCCCAUUGGUCUCCAGCGUCAUACUCAUAAGGAGUAUUCUUCGUCCAAUACUCAAGCAAGUGACAGUAAUGAUGAUUUGACACCUCAUCCCUGCCGGAAGCGCCCUGGUAAGAGAGGCCCAAAGAAUCACUUGCAUCUCGCAUUCCGCAGCUAUUUACAAGAGAAGAAGCUACUCAAGGGUAAACAUGGCUCACUGCCUCAAUCUCCUCCAAUCGAAACCAUUCAAGCCUUCAAUCACAAUCACGACUGCUGUCCCACCCUACAAGACCUCUUCAUUGACUGGAGUGACUCACUAAAGAAGUCUUCAUGGAACACAUAA